AUGCAUGGUUUACUGAAUUCGCUGAGUUCGUUGGGCAGACAAGUGCGCUGUUUCACUACUGUCUCAGGUAGAUUAAUGAGUAAUAAGAUCAAAGUAGCAAAUGCGGUUGUUGAUUUGGAUGGAGAUGAAAUGACAAGAAUUAUUUGGGCCGAUAUCAAAAACAAGGUUGUUUCUAUAUCUAUUUUCGCUUGUUCUUUCAAUUUAGCACAACAAGCAGAAGUAGGAAUAAUUUGUUCAACUCAGUUGAUUCUGCCUUAUUUGGAUAUUGAUAUAAAGUACUACGACCUCGGCUUACCCAAUCGAGACAAAACCGACGAUAAAGUUACUUUAGAAGCUGCUGAGGCGAUUAAAAAAUACAAUGUAGGAAUCAAAUGUGCUACAAUUACACCUGAUGAAGCUAGAGUGAAAGAGUUUAACUUAAAAAAAAUGUGGCUGAGCCCAAAUGGUACUUUGCGAAACGUGCUUAGUGGAACCGUUUUUCGUGAACCAAUAUUAUGUAAAAAUAUACCAAGACUUGUGCCAGGAUGGAAGGAACCAAUCGUCAUUGGACGUCAUGCAUUUGGCGACCAGUAUAAGGCAUUGGAUAUUGUUGUCAAAAAAGGCACAGAAUUUCAACUUUGUGAAGUUAUUGGUGGAAAUGACAAGCGGCAUGAUGUAUUCACAUUUAGUAAAAGCGGUGGAGUUAUCAUGGGAAUGUAUAAUACUGAUGAGAGCAUUACAGACUUCGCACAUUCAUGUUUUCAAUAUGCUUUAUUUAAAAAGUGGCCUCUCUAUCUUAGCACCAAAAAUACGAUAUUAAAAAGAUAUGAUGGGCGUUUCAAAGAUAUUUUUAUGGAUAUUUAUGGAAGAUUUUAUGAAAGUGACUUCAAGAAGGCAAAUAUUUGGUACGAACAUCGAUUAAUUGAUGAUAUGGUCGCUCAGAUGCUGAAAAGCGCCGGUGGGUUUGUUUGGGCAUGUAAGAAUUACGAUGGUGAUGUUCAGUCAGAUGUUAUCGCUCAAGAUAUUUCAAAACAGCUUGUAGGUUAUGGAUCGCUAGGUUUAAUGACAUCAGUACUAAUGUGCCCGGAUGGUAAAACGAUAGAAUCAGAAGCAGCUCAUGGUACUGUGACCCGACAUUACCGAGAGCACCAAAAGGGUAAGCCAACAUCGACAAACCCAGUAGCCUCUAUAUUUGCGUGGUCAAGAGGGUUGGAUCAUCGUGGUAAAUUAGACAAUAACGAUGAACUUCGAAGGCAGUUUUUUACAUUGUUUGCGCGAGCUUUAGAAGAGGCAUGUGUGACAACCAUUGAGAAUGGGAAGAUGACGAAAGAUUUAGCAAUUUGUAUACAUGGUCAGAAAGGUGCAACACCUAGUACUUAUCUGAAUACGGAAGAUUUUUUGAGUGCCGUUGAUAACAAACUACAGCUGCUAAUGAAAGUAAAUAUGGCGGCUGAAAAGUAA